AUGCGCGAAUCAGUGUUCUUGAAAAUGUCAUUAAAACGGUUUGGUUUACCCCUUUGGGGUUCUUGCUUGCUGUUGAUACUGGUCCUUGAUUUCUCGCCAUCUGAGACUGCGGAUCUGCUCAGUCGGUGUCCUUGGCAGAUUCCCCGUUCACGUUACUUGAAGGCGGCGGCGGAUUGGGGCAAGUGUUACGAUUUUAAUUUACAGGAGAGAUCUUGGAGGGAAGCAAGUGCCAUCUGUGCUAGGAAGGGAGGACAUUUGGUCACCAUCAGAGAAGAACGCAUUCAGACUUUCCUUCUGAAAGCCUUGGCAGAAUUCAGAUGGCCAAGAAAUGGUCUUUGGAUUGGUGCAACAGAUAAAGAUGAUGAAAUGGAGUGGGUGUGGGUGACAGGUGAAAAGGUAAAAGAUGGCUACAGCCGAUGGGCACCUGGGCAGCCAAGCUGUGGAUUUUUAUGCUUUGAGGACUGUGCUGUGAUGAGAUGGAAAGAAAAUGGACGCUGGCAUGAUUAUAGGUGUAGCUGGUUGGAGGACUACUCCUCUAUCUGUGAAUAUGAUAUGCUACCAGAGCCAUCCACAACAGUGACAAGUACAACACCAACCACUACAGUCAUCCCAACAUCAUCAUCAACAUUUUCUACUGUAGUUCAGACAGCCAAAGAAACAACCCCAGUCAACAAGACUUCAGUUGCUGUUAGCUCAACAGGAGAGAGUUUAAAUGCAGAGUACCUUUUACAUGGACACAUGGGCACUGUCGCUGUUGUUGUUAUCACUGUAUUAACAAGCUUGGCUGUUGGGAUCUGCAUUUUCUUCAUCAUGAAAAGAAGAAAUAGAAAGCAGAUUCGAGAAGAUGACAGAGGCAUUGGGUAUGAAAAUCCCUACUAUGAAGAGGCCAAAGCCUGUCUCUCUGGAAAAGGAACUAACAGUCGUGGUAGUGAAACUGAUGGGGAAGCAGAGGAGUAUGAUGCUGAAGGUGGUUGCGUGGCUAUUUGUGGGGGUAAAGUUGAUUCUGCUGUUGGGUUUGUACCCACUACAACAUCCAAGAAUGACAGAGAUGCUAAACUACCACCAGUGCCACCUCCAGGGCAGCAGAGGUCUGUUAUGAACAAUUAUGACACGCCUCCUGCUGUAAACACAAGAUUGCCACGUCCUAACAAGAAAGAUUCCGGCAACGGUCAUUUGGUUUCAGAAAAUAGGCAGUCUGUUGCUGCAGGUUCUCAUCCAGUUUCAAAGGAAGCAGAAAAUUCUUAUGAUGAAAUUCCCGGGCAGCGAGCAGACAGCAGAUAUGCCUAUGAUGUUCCCAGGGCUUCCAGGCAUCAGUUUUACGGAAACGUCUACUCAGAUACGGAUGAUAGUUUAGCGCAGUUAGAUCACACGUACGGUAAUUCUUUUGAAGAAAAUAUCUACGAAUCAGUUGAUAAUCUACAGGCUAUCAUCAGAGAAGAACAAAGUCCAACUGCAUUGGUUGAGAACCUCAAAGAUGAUGAUAAAGAAAACCGAUAUGUCCCCUUUAUGUUUGACGCACCUACUGAGUCCUCAUAA